CCAAACAGAGUUAAUGUAGAAAUAGUUUUUCUGAUUUUAAAAUCAUAAAAAGUAAUUAUGAGGAACAUUCCAGAAAGAGGGAUUGAGGGGGUUUUCAGAAAAAGUGACAUAAAAAACAACUUACAGAGGAGACGCUAAACUCAAAUCUGUGGGAAGUCUUUGUUGAAUUUUUGUUCAAAAACGACAACAAUUUAUUAUCUUAUUAAUUAAUUAAGAAAAUCAAAACCAAACACUCUCUUAUUGCAAUAUUAUACAUUACACUAACCCUUUUUUUUUUUCUUCUGAUUUGGUUCCAUUUUCAUCAUCAUGUUUCAUCUUCGUUUUCUUCCAUAUUUACUAUUUUGCCCCUGUUUUCUCUCUGUUCUUUUUGUUUCUUCAAUUCGAUUACCUGGUUUGGUUGAAGAUAAAACCACGGGUGGAUCGGUGGUUGGAGCAACCAAACAUGGUUCUAAAGUGAAGUUUGAUCCCACACGUGUCACUCAGCUCUCAUGGAGUCCCAGGGCUUUUCUGUACAAGAAUUUUUUAUCUGAUGAAGAAUGUGAUCAUCUUAAAAUUCUGGCUAAGGAUAAGCUGGAGAAGUCUAUGGUGGCGGAUAAUGAAUCUGGGAAAAGUAUAGAGAGUGAUGUCAGAACGAGUUCUGGGAUGUUUCUCGGCAAAGCACAGGAUGAAAUAGUUUCUGGUAUCGAAGACCGAAUUGCCGCAUGGACAUUCCUUCCAAUAGAGAACGGCGAGUCUAUACAAGUAUUGCACUAUCAGCACGGCGAGAAAUACGAGCCACAUUUUGAUUUCUUCCACGACAAGGCUAAUCAGAUACUCGGUGGCCAUCGUAUUGCAACGGUGCUGAUGUAUUUGUCUAAUGUUGAAAAGGGUGGGGAAACAAUUUUUCCUAAUGCCGAGGGGACAUUGUCACAGCCGAAAGAUGAGAGCUGGUCUGAAUGUGCUCACAAUGGAUAUGCAGUAAAACCUCAGAAAGGUGAUGCCUUAUUGUUCUUCAGUCUUCAUCUGAAUGCUACUACAGAUGCUAAUAGUUUGCAUGGAAGUUGUCCGGUGAUUGAGGGGGAGAAAUGGUCCGCAACAAAGUGGAUUCACGUUGCCGACUUUGAGAAACCGGUAGGGCGAUUGGAUGUAGAGGAAGGAGAGUGUGUUGAUGAGAAUGAUAAUUGUGCUAGGUGGGCUAAAGUUGGUGAAUGUGACAAGAAUCCACUUUAUAUGAUUGGUAGGGAAGGAGUGAAAGGAAAAUGUAUGAAGAGUUGUAAUGUUUGCUCUUCUUAGAUUAUGUAUGACUUGUGAUACAAACUACAAAUUGUAAUGAAAGAAAAAAGAAAUAGAAAAGUGUAUUAUUGAAAACUAAAUAGAAAUGAAUUAUCCUCUAGGGUCUUUUUCACAUGUGACUUAGAGACCAAUCUAUCGAUGUAACUAACUAUUUAAAUGGUUGAUCUCUUUAAACAUUUAUUUUUCUAUA